CCAAAGUGACGGCUGUGACGAUGAUGCUGACGGUGACGAUGAUGAUGAUGAUGAUGGUGAUGGUGAGAGAGGCGGGGGCGGCGCCGCACGACCACUCAAAACACACCACGAAGCCACACAGGAAGUCAUCGGAUCCGUCCGGCGCCGCGGAGGAGAAGAUGGUUCCCCUGCAGCUGGACUCCAGCAGUUUGGUUCCGUCUCAAAUCCGAGCCCUGAACAACCACUCCCUGUCACCCUGGACCUACCACAAAACAUACGACGAGUCCCUGUACCCGUCCGUCCUGUGGGAGGCGCGCUGCUCGCUGACCGGCUGCCUGGACGCCGACGGCACCGAGGACCCGAGCCUGGAGUCCAAACCCAUCAUGCACCAGGUGCUGCUGCUGCGCCGCGUGAAGGCGCCGGGGGUGCAGAGCUACCACUACCGCCUGGAGACCCGGCUGCUGGCGGUGGGCUGCACCUGCAUCCGGCCCAGCGUCCAGCUGCAGGACUGACGGCCGCAACACGACGCCUUUAUUAAAAUAUGAAAACCGUUAUUUGUGUUUGAGCCGCAGGAGGAAACA